AUGUCGUUUUUAAUAAGAAAGUGUAUAGUGAACUUGAAGAAUGUACCAAAGUGUCGCAAUGUUAUUGUACUUUUACAAACUGAGAGGCACCAAUCUCAAUGCUUGACGAGGAAUACUGUAAAACGUAGUUUCGCAGAUUUUCACAUUCGCCGCAGAAAGUUUCACACUUCUCAAACCGCGAACAAAGUGGUUGCUUUCAAGCUUUCUGACAUUGGAGAGGGUAUCAGGGAAGUCGUUGUGAAAGAAUGGUUCGUAAAAGUAGGCGAUAAGGUACAACAAUUCGACAACAUAUGCGAGGUGCAGAGUGACAAGGCCGCCGUAACCAUUACAAGUCGAUACGAUGGCACAGUUACCAAGCUAUACCAUGAAGUUGAUAAGAUAGCGCUGGUUGGACAACCUCUUGUUGACAUAGAUGUUCAAGGCGAUGAAGAUUCCCCUGCUGUAUCGGAAGCCAGUGCACCUGCAGGUCCUAAAGAAACUUCUUCCACCGAAACAGUUCAAAAAGUGAAAGUAUUGACAACUCCUUCUGUAAGAAGAAUUGCCGCUCAGUUCAAGGUAGAUUUGAGCAGUGUCAAAGCAACAGGGAAGAACGGGAGGAUACUCAAAGAAGACAUGCUCUCUCAUUUGAACAUGAAUUCAGACAGUUCUAAUGAUACUGCAGACGUUACAAGUAUUAGAGCAGUAGAAAUGCCAGUCUAUCAAAGUGCAAAAGUCGAAUUGUUGCUGGAAGACAGAGUGGUACCUAUCAGUGGAUUUACCAGAGCUAUGGUCAAAUCAAUGACGGAAGCGAUGAAAAUACCACACUUCGGCUAUAGCGAAGAAUACGAUGUUACAAAGUUAGUCGAAUCCCGUGAAGUUUUAAAAAAAAUAGCACAGAAGCGAGAUGUUAAAUUGUCAUACAUGCCGAUCAUCAUCAAGGCUGCGUCACUAGGACUUGAACAAAUGCCGAUUAUUAAUAGCUCUCUCGACAGUACUUGUGAAAACUUAAUAUACAAAGCAAGUCAUAACAUCGGAGUCGCAAUGGAUACCCCAAAUGGCUUAAUCGUACCGGUUAUUAAGAAUGUACAAAAUAAAACAAUUUUAGAAAUCGCCUGCGAUCUUAAUAGCCUCCAAGAAAAAGGAAAUAAGGGUCAGCUUGGUGUAAAUGAAAUUAGUGGAGGCACAUUCACCAUAUCUAAUAUUGGCAUUAUUGGAGGAACAUAUACUAAGCCUGUGAUCCUGCCGCCACAAGUAGCCAUAGGUGCUCUUGGAAAAAUUCAGGUGCUGCCGAGAUUUGACUUGGAAGGGAACGUGAAGAAAGCGCACAUACUCACGAUAAGUUUCUCAGCCGACCACCGGGUCAUCGACGGAGUUACGAUGGCACGCUUCUCCAACUUCAUGAAAACUUAUCUCGAAAACCCAUACACCAUGUUAUUGGAUUUAUAA